AGACGGUAGUUGCCUCAAAUACAACUAAAAUGACUGUGCGUUCUGCUUAGGUGAAGAUGGCAGCCUGCUGCUUUAUCCGUUGUUGUGGAGGAACCGAGGAGGACGAUAAGGGGGGAGGAAGGGAACGAGAGGAAGUGAGGAGGACGAGGAGGAUAACGAGGAUGGAGAGGGGGACGAUGAGGGAUAAGAGGAGAAGAAGCGGAUGGCAGGAUGGCGACGGGAGGAAGUGUGGAGGAGGACGAAGACGAGGAGAAGCAAAAGAGGGGGGAGACGAGGAGAAGCAGAAGAGGGGGGAGACGAGGUGGAGAUGGAGGAGGAGGAUGAGCGGCAGAGGAGGACGAGGGGGAGGAGGACGACGGGCUGAUGACACUCACCGUCGGGGACAGCAGUAUGGCGACGGGCGGGACAGGCUGCUCCUCCUCAAUGGCCACAAAGACGAUACUCCUCCUCAACGGCUGCAACGACCGGCAAGAUCGCGACGGGCGGAACGGCGGCGCAGCAGGAUGGUGACGACGCGAAUAGCAGAUGGCCGGCGGCACUUUCCGCUGCGACUGCGUUUCAAACCAAGUUGUCGUCAGUUGAUUGCACAGGAGCUCAUCGCACCAAUCGUGCAAUUGGCGGACGAUCUCUCGCCCGACAUCUGCUUUCAGAGCGACAACAGUCCUGCUCCGUACAUUUUCGAGCGAUCCUUGGAUCCGUACCUUCAGUGGACUUCGUGCUUGGAGGAACCUACGGACGAAGAUACGCUACCAUCGCGGCAGCAGUAUCUGAAGUCGUACGAGAUCAUCCCUUACGCCUUCUACCCGAGGGCAGAAGAAGUUGUGAUCGACGACGACGAAGAAGAAGAAGACGACGACGAGGAAGCCUCGGAGGAGGGAAGCUAUAGUGAAUAUAGCGAGGGCGAGCUGAGUGAGGAGGAACAGGAAGAAGAAGGAACCGGGUCCGAGUGGGAAGUCCCGCCGGAGGAAGCGACGCGCAUGGGAACGGAAGUGGAAGAUCCGGAAGCAGAGCAGAAGCGCGAAGAAAUUGCCACCGGGAAGCGCCAGCUGGCCUUCGCUAGCGAGGCUAGCCUGCGCAUCGGUAGCGAUCCAACCAGGAAUCCGGGGCCGCCGAGGCCCGAAGAUGGCGACCCUGCAGCCGCCACCUCAAGAACCGCGCAACGGAGACGACGCCGAUCCCCCUCCUCCUCCAGCCCCACCCGUCCCCUAGUUCGCCCAUGUACCAAUGCGGGCGAUAGGCCUUCGACCUCGGAUGCUGCCCCGCCGACCCCUUGAUUUUCUCCCCCUCGAGCAGAUCCGUACCCCAGUCACCUUCCCUUCCUAUCCUUUCCAUCCCCAUCU